UCAAGAUGAAGAUAUUAAAGAUAGUCAAAACUUUAGUAAAAUCAAUAAAAUUAGUAAUGAGAAUAGUAAUAUUAAAAGUAAAAAAAGAAAAAAAUAUAAAUCAGCACAAAGAUCAGUUAAUAGUUCUGAAGAUUCUAAUAAUAAAAGUUUAAGUGAAGAUAAAGAAAAGUUUUGA